GGGCAGGUUAUAUCUAUAGCCAAAGAAAAGGAAGUGACAUACAUGAAGUGGAAGUAGGUACAGAGAGCUCCGCCGAAGCCCGGUCCCACCGCCAUCCUUGCGUCCUUCCGGCUCCGUCGUGGAAGCAGCACUUCGCAGAGUCUUCGUGAGGAAGGUGCUCCGAGGGACGACCGAGUCGCCGGUGUGAGACGGGAGCUCGGAGACUCGGAGCCGCAGGACGACUGACCCGAGUGCCCACCGUGUGCCCCGCUGCCGCCCGCGCAUGCCCAGCCACACAGCUGCAGCUGCGCUCGAGCUUGUCUAGCAACCGCCUGGCCGAGUGCUCACGAUGCUGGGCCCUGAGGGAGGUGAAGGCUAUGUGGUCAAGCUCCGUGGGCUGCCCUGGUCCUGCUCGACUGAGGACGUGCAGAACUUUCUCUCCGACUGCACGAUUCGCGAUGGGGUGGCAGGUGUCCAUUUCAUUUACACUAGAGAAGGCAGGCAGAGUGGUGAGGCUUUCGUUGAACUCGAGUCCGAAGAGGAUGUCAAAACGGCCCUGAAAAAAGACAGGGAAAGCAUGGGGCACCGGUACAUCGAGGUGUUCAAGUCUCACAAAACCGAGAUGGAUUGGGUGUUGAAGCACAGCAGUCCCAACAGCACUGACACCGCCAACGACAGCUUUGUGCGGCUCUGGGGACUCUCAUUUGGAUGCACAAAGGGAGAGAUCGUGCAGUUUUUCUCAGGGCUGGAGAUCGUGCCAAAUGGGAUCACACUGCCUGUGGACCCCGAGGGCAAGUUCACAGGUAAAGCCUUCCUGCAGUUCGCCUCCCAGGAGCUGGCUGAGAAGGCUCUCAGGAAGCACAAAGAGAAGAUCGGGCACAGGUACAUCGAGGUAUUCAAGAGCAGCCAGGAGGUGGUGAGGUCGUACUCAGACCCGCCCCUGAAGUUCAUGUCCGUGCAACAGCCCGGUCCCUAUGACCGUCCUGGCACAGCACAGAGGUACAUUGGCAUUGUGAAGCAGGCAGGCCUGGAGAGGAUGCCCUCCGGGGCCUACAGUGCGGGUUACAGGGGCUACGAGGAGUAUAGUGGCCUCAGUGAUGACUACGGCUUCACCACCGACCUGAUUGGGAGAGACCUCAGCUACUGUCUCUCUGGCAUGUACGACCACAGAUACGGAGACAGCGAGUUCACAGUGCAGAGCACCACUGGCCACUGUGUCCACAUGAGGGGGCUGCCCUACAAAGCCACCGAGAACGACAUCUACAACUUCUUCUCACCACUCAACGCCGUGAGAGUGCACAUAGAGAUCAGGCCUAAUGGCAGAGUGACCGGUGAGGCUGAUGUGGAGUUCGCCACCAACGAGGAAGCUAUGGCAGCCAUGUCUAAGGACAAGGACAGGACCAACAUACAGCACCGCUACAUAGAACUCUUUCUCAAUUCCACCAUGGGGGCCAGCAACGGGGCUCACAGCAGCCAGGUGUUGCAGGGCAUGGGGGUGUCAGCCGCCCAGGCCACCUACAGCGGCCUAGAGAGCCAAUGAGUGAGUGGCUGCUCUGGGGCCAGCUACAGCAGUCAGAACAGCACGGGGGCAUGACUAGUUGCUUAGGGAGGUUGAAGUCCUGGAUCAAAUUGUCACAGGUAGCCUACAUGCAGUGAGGAGCAGUUUAUGACUAGAGGAAGCUGUGGGACCCAUUUUGCACCAUGAGUUUGUGAAAUUUGGAUUAAAAAAUUACCUCUUCA